GUGUUAUUAAUUAUAAAAUCUUGUGAUCUCGGUUUUUACGCAUGUUUCUGCAAAUUAAAACCCAUGUACGAAUUGGAAAAUUCUGAUAUUUUUCUCUCUCUUUCUGUCUCAGCUCUUCGUAUUGUAUCGCUGUGGUUUGCUUUUCCGGGAAAGUUGAUUCAUUUUUGUUUUUUUUAAUUUUUCCUUGUUAAAGAAUAGUCCGGAUUCUAACGCGAAAUAUAAAGCCAUCAAAGGCUUUUCACCCGAAACCAUGGGUUUCUGUUGAAACAAACAAAAUUUCUUAAAACUGCCUCUCAUUUUCUCUUCGUUUUCUUUCCUAACAAAACUUGCUUAAAUUCUGGGUUUUUUUUUGGGAUUGAUUUUCAUGUUUUCUGCGUUAGAUUAGAUUUUGAUUUUAACUCGGAGAAUUAAUGUUGGAUAGCAAUCUUUCGUAACUCUUUCUGCAAAGUGAAGCAGUCUUUGUUUGUUUCUUGAAUAUUGAUCAAAGCAGAGUCGGCUUGAGUUUUCUUCAAGUUUAGAGAAAAUAAAAUUUAAAAGAACGAUCACUUGUUGCUUCAGUUUCCUUCUUUUCACUGUGAAUUUGAUCGUCUGUCAUAUUUGGAUUCUCUGUUUGCCGGAGAAGUGUUGAAUUAUCCAACAUUCGCCAGCAAAAACUAAACAGAAAUUCGGAGAGAAACACAGUUUUAUUUUCUAUUUUUGUUAUUCUUUUAUCUCCUGUUUAGUGUAAAGCGUCCGUGAAUUUGGCUGUCUAAACGUCAAAAAUUAGAAUUCUUUCGUAGACAAAAUCUGUUUUUUUUUUUUUUUUUUUCUUUCAUAAAAAUCAAAAUCCCUAUAAUCUCUCUCUCCCUCUCACUCUUUUCUCAUUUUUCUCUGUUUUUCGCUUUCUUUUCUUUUCAAAGCUGAUGCUGGGAGCCCUCUGAAUCUCUCCGUCCCUCUCUCAUUCCGUUGUUACCAUGUUUCUUGACAAAGGAUCAACGCAAUCUAAUCUAGAUUUCUUCCUUCAUUGCACCACUCCAGUAGUUUCAUCUCAAUUUCUCCCCAAGACUGAGAUUAGGAACCUUAACACGUUAUGGCACCCAUGGGAGAGGGAGAAGAUUGAGUACUUCACGUUAGGUGAUCUAUGGAAUUGUUAUGAUGAAUGGAGUGCUUAUGGGGCUGGGGUUCCUAUUUCUUUGAACAACGGUGACACCUUGGUUCAGUACUAUGUGCCUUAUCUAUCUGCAGUUCAAAUCUUUACCAGCAAUUCAUCUGUAAAUGGGUUAAGGGAAGAGACGGAUGAUGGUGAGACAAGGGAUUCAUUUAGUGAUUCUUGUAGUGAUGAGAGUGAGGUUGACAAGUUAUGGAGAUGGGACGGAAGUUCUUCGGAGGAAGGAGGAUUUGAGCAAGACAAUCUUUUGCAUGUGAAUGAUAGACUGGGUUUCCUUUAUUUCCAGUACUUUGAGAGAUCAACUCCUUAUGGAAGAGUUCCUCUAAUGGACAAGAUUAGUGGAUUAGCUCGCAGAUACCCUGGUUUGAUGUCAUUGCGAAGUGUGGAUCUUUCGCCGGCUAGUUGGAUGGCAGUAGCUUGGUACCCAAUCUAUCAUAUUCCCAUGGGAAGGACCAUAAAAGACUUGUCCACAUGCUUUCUCACAUAUCACACUCUUUCAUCUUCCUUCCAAGAUAUGGACCCUGAUGAUGACAUUGAGGGUGCAGAAAGGAAGCGUAAGGAAGGGGAAGGGAUCUCCCUUCCUCCAUUUGGUUUGGCCACUUACAAGAUGCAAGGGAAUGUGUGGGUCUCAGGCAAUUGUGGUCAGGACCAAGAAAGACUAAUGUCACUUUUUAGUGUGGCAGAUUCGUGGCUAAAGCAGCUGAGGGUCCAGCACCAUGACUUUAAUUACUUCAUGGGGAUUAGGCGUGGCUAAGAACCACCAUUUCAAGAUUUUCCAUGAAAGUGACUAAUCAACUAAAUCCUCCUUUUGGGACGGAGCUUUGUGAAUUUAGUGUGAGGAUUGUAGUUGAUUCUUCUCAUUGGUGAUGCUUCAUUUUGAUGGGCAUGACUCCUUUUGAGGCUAAUGCUGUACGUGAACUCAUCAGAUGGGGUGUGUGUGUACAUGAGCUAACCCAUCUUUUUUUGCUGCUUUUUUUAACGCGGUUAUUUGGGGUUUUAUGUGGAUGGAUUGCUACGUUUGAGAGACAUAGAAUAGGUUCUUGAAGACUCGAACUAUAAGCUUUAAACUUUUGUAGAUUGUGUAAUACAUUCUCUUCAUCUUUAAUGAAAAUCCACGGGAGACAGCGCAAAUCCUUUUAGGUUUUGCCAAGUUCAUCAA